AUGGAUGUGUGCUGUGUUUGUGAGACACGCAUACAGGACCCAAGUGUGGUUAUUCACCUGACCUCUCCUGACCAAUCUGGUGAAUCUGCAAAAUUCACCCUUCGAGUUUCUGGAGAUUCGAUAGCUAGCUCUCGUGGUCUUGCAGGUGUAGGUAUAGCAUUAAGCACCAGGGCAGAAAACUCACUACUAGACUGGAUCCCAGUUGAUAGUCGCCUCUGCGCUAUGAGGCUGA